AUGUCAUAUGACGACAAGUAUAGACACUUCUCCAUGGCAAAGAUGAGACAAGUUUUAAAUAUUUACAAUAGCCGUAAACAAAAAGGUUUGGGAAACCACUCCCCCGAAGAAAUGAAAAACAACCCUGACUUAGAGAAAGACUAUAUAUUUAAUAAUUUAGUCAAAAGAGACAAACAAGAAAGAAUGCCAGGCUUCAAACUUCAGAAAGGUGACAAAGUAAAAAUAGAAAUACCUAAACGCGACCCAUAUGAAAAUACUAUUGACUAUGACAACAAUGGGAACUCGACAGGUACUCACAUUCGUGUUCGUAAAAAUAGAAGAAAGUAUACAAGAGAAUAUUAUGAAGUUUUAGGCAAACAUGGCAAAAUGUACAGACUGCAAGCAGAAGAUAAAACUACUAUUGUCAGACCUCGUUUCAAACUUGUUAAGGUUCAAG